AUGAGAGAAAUGUGGUCUCUAUUGGCUUUUGGUGCCUUUGUACUGCAGUCUGCUGCUACGACUCUCCAACCUUCUGUGAGGCUGACGCAGGGAGUCGUAAGUGGAAAGUAUGAUGCGAGCAACAACUCGGUAUUUCUGGGCAUCCCCUACGCAGCUACUACUGCGGGCGAGAACAGAUGGAAAGCACCGCAGCCCCUGUCACUUUCCAAGUAUUCUGCGUUGAACGCGACGGCGUAUGGUCCAACUUGUCCACAAGCUGUUACCAACGCCUACUAUAGUCGCCAGGAUGAGGAUUGUCUUAACCUCAAUAUCUGGACCCCUGCUCGGGGCGAGAACAAGAAGCUUCCAGUAUUCGUCUACACGUAUGGCGGUGCAAUGGUCACUGGCUCGAAUAGCGAUCCUCAACAUCAAGGUUUCAAUUUCGCAAGAAAAGGUGUCGUCUAUGUCAACCUCAACACAAGGGAGAGUCUUUGGGCUUCUCCAAAUUCGGCCGAUUUACCAGGAAGCCAGAACUUUGGCAUCUUGGAUGUAGACAUGGCAAUGGAGUGGAUUCACACAAAUAUCGCUCACUUCGGCGGGGAUCCCAACCACAUCGUAUUUGGUGGACACUCCUCAGGCGCCGUACACGUCGAUCACUACCUCUGGAAUCAUCCAAGCACAUGGCUCAAAGGCGCCGUACAAAUGAGCGCUAACGCCCUCUCCGGACCGGCCUUUGCUCCGAAAAAUGUAGCGCUAGAUGUCGUAGCCGCGGAGGUCGGCUGUGGAACAGUUCAACAGGGCGGACAACUCGAAUGUCUACGCUCAGUCGAAAUUGCAGACUUACAGACUGCGUUCUUCAACCAGACUUCGAACACUUGGUUCACUCCUAUCAUCGAUGACAUUACGAGGUUUUCGGACUAUCCAGCCAGAUUGAAAGCUGGAAAGUAUGCUUCGCACGUACCACUUCUGACGGGAAAUUCGGCUGGUGAAGGAACGAUCUUCUCGCUUGUGUAUGGUGCGGAGAACGCGAACUUCAGCAGUUGGAUUGAGACGUUCAAUGCUGAUAGCAAGCACAUCCCGAGUGAGGUGUUGCUUUCCGCAUAUGCUCACAACUCUACGAGCGACUCCUCGAUCAGUGGGAUGCAGUACGGUGAAGCGCGCUUCGAUUGUCCCGUGGACUAUAUGAUCGAUCUCCGAAGUGAAUGCCAAAGCACAUGGGAAUAUCGCUUCUUCGGAGCGUACGAUAAUGUUGUUGGUGUCCCGGGAACAGCUCCUACCCACGGAACAGAAGUACCGUUCUUUCUGGGAGGCAACGAAUGCUUUGAAAAAUUGGAGAAUGUCACAGCAGCACAGCAAGCUUUGGCCGAUUCAAUACAUGAUUGGUUCGUAGCCUGGAUCAAGAACCCCGGAGCUGGACCAGGUUGGGAACGAGCGAGAGCGGUAGAUGGGCCCAUUGCAUACCUCGGAUUCCCUGGAGAUGAGCUCUCACAAAUUGAGGCUUCGUCGGGGCUGCACAAUGGGCGCUGUCAGGAGGUCUACAAGCCGUAUUUCGGAGACUACCCUGUUGUGCAGACCACGUCGUGA